AUGCCUGGAGCUUCAGGAUGUGCCCAGGGGGCCGUCUCCUGGAGCAGCGUGGGAAGGGGAGGCCUGGUGGAUUCUGGAGUCACCCAGACCCCCAAAUACCUGAUCAAAUCAAGAAAGCAGAACGCGACUCUGAGAUGUUCCCCUGAAUCUGGACACCGCUCUGUGUACUGGUACCAACAGGCCCUGGGCCAGGGCCCCCAGUUCCUCGUUCAGUAUUACAAUACAAGAGUGAAUGAAAAAGGAAACCUUCCAGAUCGAUUCUUAGGUGAACAGUUCAGUGACUCUCGCUCACAGAUGAACCUGAGCUCCUUGGAGCUGACAGACUCAGCCGUGUAUCUCUGUGCCAGCAGCAAAGACACAGCCCUGCAUGAUCAGACCAGAGGGCCCUCUGCCUGCCCCGCCCCCGGCAUGGGCCCCUGCCUCCUGGGCUGUGUGGUCUUCUGUCUCCUGCAGGCAGGGGCGGUCCACGCUGGUGUCACUCAGGACCCGAGAUUCCAGGUCAUGAGGACAGGACAGAGCACAACACUGAAAUGUACUCAAGAUCUGAACCAUGAUUAUAUGUACUGGUACCGACAAGACCCAGGACACGGGCUGAGGCUAAUUUAUUACUCAGCUGCUGCACCCAGUAGCGAGCCAGGAGAUGUGUCUGAGGGUUACAGCGUCUCCAGAUCAAACAAAGAGAACUUCCCUCUGACACUGAAGUCUGCCAUUCGCAACCAGACAUCUGUGUACUUCUGUGCCAGCAGUUACUCCUCGGUGCUGCAUGGCCACCUCCUCUCUGUGCAAAAUGUACUAGUUGCCUACGAGCUAGCUCCUAGCACCAGAAACCUUGGGCUUUUGGGGACCACGGGCCUGCAGUGUGACCCUGGGUGUGUGGACAACGCUGCCCCAGCCUCACUCCCAGGCCUCGGGGCCAUGUGUCCACCAUCAGUCUCUGUCUUUCCGCUGCAUCCUCCCUCCCCAGCUCUGACUCCUAGUCAUCACCUGAGCCUGAGACCUCUAGGAGGGAAGGAUGUUGGUAAAUUAGAUUUAAAUAGGCCCUCCUGUCUUACCUCAGGCACUUCAUCAAUGUCUCUCUGGAAGGUUCUCCCCCAGCCUGACUCUCACAUGCUCCCUUCUCUUGCCUACCUUUCCCAGGCAGGCAGGACAUUCCUCUCCCCACCUCUCUGCAUCAGCUCCCUGGCCCUCUCUCCCAUAGCCACAGGCUCCUCCCUCAUCUGCCUCAGGUCCCUUCACAUUUCACAGGGAGGCCUUUAAAGUGGACCCUCCACGUGCUCUGCUUUGAGCAAGCUGGAUGGAAUCAUCAAAGAGAAAUCAACUUCAGUUAAUCAUCAAUCAUCCAAAAACUCAUGGGAGUUCAUCUCAGAGGGACAGAUCAUCUUUGUGUGUUCUCCCACUGCACCACCCGCCCUGACUUCCUUAGCAUCUCAUCUUACCAAGGCCAGGUUGCCACCACCUGGCACCCUCAUCAAAAUCUUCUCAAAGUCAAAAUAUAUCAUACAUCACCUCCAUUAUAUCAAGAUGUUAUAAGUGCAGAAAUAGAUGAGAUCAUCUUUCUAAAACUUCUUUAUAAAAAGUUUUAUCUAGAAUUUGAUAAUGCUCAAUUUAAAUACACAAUCUGGAAAUAUAUACAUGUGAUUAAUCAGAAGUACUUAUGGAACACAUGUUUGCUGGCAGAUUCACUUGAGAUGCUCAGAGUAUUUAUUCUAUGAUUAUAUAUUUCCAUCUUAGAUAACUACAUCGUUGUAGUGGUGCCGCAAUCAUUUCUCUCUCAGUAAAAAGUUUGGCUCAUAAAGUCUUCUGCCUCCAGAGGCUAAGAGUGGAUUUGAAGAUAAACCCUAUCAGCCAGGCUAGGAAGGCAGUAGAACAGGUGUGCGUAUGCGUGU